CACCGCCACCUCCAUGGAGGUCGCGCGGCUGGCCGUCAGUAGAGCCCGGGACAGACAGCCGAUCGCGCGCACGGAGGGUGCGAGUCGUCCCUGGGAUUGCUCGUCGGAUCGGGUUUGGUCGGUUUGGUCGGUUUGGUCGGUUGCACGGUUGCGGGCGGUCGCAUGCUCGGUUGGGACGGAAUAAACCUCCCCUACUCGCGAUCGUUUCUCCCCGUUCGUCGAUGUUGCUGCCGAGUCACCCGUUGUUUGGAAUUGCCGCGUAGUCGCGAGAGGAUUCCACGGAACCGCGAUCGCGAGAUGAAGACACCUCGUGGGUAGUGGUGGUGAGGGUGCAGGUGGUGGAGUGGUGGACGAGUUUCUUCGCGAACCGAGCAGACGGGUACCGAGCUGCACGAGUGUCGUGUGAAACUGGACCCGGUCCGUGGAUUUGACAGCGAUUGGAUUUCAUUGGACACCACCGUCUGGACCACCAGCCGUGAGACUUCCUGGCCACGCCGAUGGACCGAUCUCGCGUUCGCGUCUAGACUGGAGGACCCUCGUGGAGCUGGACGAUAUCUCGUAAACGACGAGACCAAGUAAAGAGAAAUCGUACGAAGAAGACUGUUUAGCACAGAAACUAGGAACCGUAGAAUCAAAGUCAAGGAAUUGAUCGAUAGCCCUCGUUACUCCUCGAACCGAGCAAGAAUCCAAUGUUCUCCUCGACUGAAACUCUUUCUCGGCGAACCGUAAGAAUAGUCAGCGUUAGUCGUCGCUAGAUCUUUGAAACUCCAUUCGUGUUCGAGGGGUGGAAAGGCGUAACCUCGUACCCUCUUUGCCGAUGCUUUCCCCAACUUUAAUCGCUUGCUUCGAGCCGAGCUCGUCGUUGAUCGCGCGAACAACGAGAACGGCGAGUGCCAGAGCCACAGGAAACGACGACAAUCGGGCAACGUGGACGCUCGUUGCCGGCACAGCACGUCCUCGAGGAUGGAACUGAGAGCCUUGCAGCCAAUCAGCGCGCUAGCAGCGAGUUUUUGCCAGUUCACGGUGAUUCGUUCGACGAUCACGGAGAGAGAAUCGCAGCGAGGCGAGAAAGUCACUGAGUCGCGGUAUUGGGAGCCAAGAACAGUGAAAAAUCGUGGAAAGGAGAGAAAGGAGCAAACCAUACAGCGGGAAUACUGGAGAUCGAGAGAGGAAAGGGUUAGCGGAAAGGAAGAGGCGGUGAAGAGUUCCAGGGAAGUAGAGUUUCGCGAGAAGGAAGUGGCGAAAAGUUUCGCGGAAAGAGAAAUAGCGAUCGAGUGUCCCGAGAGGGAAGCAAGUUCCGAGCGAGAAGAGGUGAUAGAAGAGAGUCCAAAGCUAGAUAGAGCUGGGAAGGGAAAGGAUAUAGAGACGGAAAACCGCGGAAAGGGGGAAGGAACGAUAAUAGUGCAGCCCAAGUGGGAAGUAAGUUCCGAGAAAGAGGAAGUAGGGGUUAAGAGUUCGAAGAAGGAGGGAAGAGUAGAGGAAGUAAUCAAGUGUCCCAAGUGGGAGGCGAAUUUGAAGAAAGAAGCGAGUCCUAAGGCAGAGGGAGGAACAGAGGAACCAGGAACGAUAAUCGAGCGUCCCAAGCGGGAAGCAAGGUCCAAGGAAGAAGAAUCGGUCAAGGGCAGUCUGAAGGAAGAUAAAACUGUAGAAGGAAAGGUUCUAGAGACAGAGGGCGGAGAAGGGGAAGAAGAGGGUCGUCCCUUAGCAGGAGGGCCCCACAGAUGCGGGGCCCGGAGGGGCCAGUCCGCGGCGGCGUGACGCGAUGCGGACGUCCUCCUCCUCGUCCCCGAGGAAGAGGAAGAGGAAAGACCUCUCGCCUCUCGACCCAAUCGAAAGUCUGCCUUCCUUGGACAAUAGUUUCGGCCGAUCGUCGUCCGUCUUCCGCAAUGCUGGCCAGCGUUUCGACUCUAGGACGGAAGACGUCGACGAGCGUUUCGCGUCGGUCGUGCUCGAUGCUCGUUCGUCGUGGAACUGUGACUCAGGGAACGACGAGGGGUUGUGCAACGUCUGUGACGUGGGGAUCGCGAGAAAAAGGGACGAUGUUUCCUUGGGAAGAAGAGGGUGCUCGGAGAAAGGGGGCGGGGAUGAAGCAGAGUGGACGGGAGAGUUUGUUCGGCGACGUCGCGAUAACAGAGCAGAUGGCUCGAAGAAGCGUCUGGCGGCGAUCGUCGUGUUCCUCGGGCUUCUGUGCGGACAUUGGCGCCCUGCUGGAGCGGAGGCUCUCGCGGGUAGCCAGAAGUACAGCACCAGGACGGUCAAAACGAGGUACGGGAUCCUCCGCGGCGUCGAGGCCAGAUCGUCGACGUCCGUCGAGACUUACUACGGGGUGCCGUACGCGACCCCGCCCGUCGGAGCGUUGCGAUACAUGCCACCCGUCACCCCGACGCCGUGGCGCGGCACAAAAUUGGCGGACACCAUGCCACCCGCGUGUCCACAGAAACCACCGGAACCGGAUGCGAGUCUGCCGCGGCCCAGGCGCGCCUACCUCGAGAGGCUAGCGCCCAUGUUGGCCAACCAGAGCGAAGACUGCCUAUACUUGAACCUCUAUGUGCCCAAACCUCCUCACGGUAGUACCCCAGACUUGUUACCAGCUCUUCUUCUUAUUCACGGUGAUUCCUAUUCGUGGGGCGCUGGUAAUUCCUUCGAUGGAACCGCGUUGGCUGCUUAUGGACGCCUUAUCGUCGUGUCUAUCAAUUUUCGCCUCGGCGUACUUGGCUUUCUUAAAACCGGGCCGAAGGGGAACGCGCAAGGAAAUUACGGCUUGAUGGAUCUAGUGGCAGGUCUUCAUUGGCUGCACGAGAAUCUUGGCGCUUUUGGCGGCGACCCCGAUCGACUGACACUUUUUGGCCACGGAACAGGGGCCGCGCUCGCCAAUUUUUUAGCCGUCUCACCCAUGGCAAAAGAUUUAGUCGAGAGGGUAGUUUUACUGGGUGGCUCGGCCCUGUCACCCUGGGCUGUUCAACGAGAUCCGUUGGCGGUGAAGCGUCGCGUCUCCGAUCAGACUGGAUGUCCUGGAGACGUCGAGACAGAUGAUAUCGCGCCGUGCCUUCGUUUGAGGAACCUGGAGGAACUUUUCGCGGUGCAGUUGGAUCCACCAAGAUUCACUUCUGGGUUUGCACCCUUCAUGGAUGGAGCGGUCAUGCCUCAACCGGUCAAUCAGAAUUUCCAGCCGACCGCUGCCUCGUCGGGUCUGAUGCCCCUGGUGCCUGGUCCUGGGACAGAGUUCGCUGGCUUCGGCGAUCGGGACCUGCUGCUCGGAUUAACGUCGGAGGAAGCUUGGGUAAAUCUCACCGACGACGACAUACAGAACGGCUUGAACGAGACCAGGAGGGAUCGUAUUCUCCGCACUUACGUGCGAAACACCUAUCGUUACCACCUUCACGAGAUCUACUCGACCCUCCGUAACGAGUACACGGACUGGGAGAGAGGCGAGCAGAGUCCGUCAGCCAUUUGCGAGGGCCUGUUGUCCCUCCUGGGGGACGGUCAAGUCGCAGCGCCGCUUCUGAGGCUCGCAUUGCUGCAUUCAGCCGCUGGUGGCCGCGGUUACUUCCUCCAUUUCCAGCUUGGCGAUCGACCGAGCCAGAGGGGCGAGGAGGUCCCCUACCUCCUGGGGAUACCUCUUCUCCGCGGAGAGAUCGUCUCCGUUUUGUCCGCUCCCGUCAACUACACUGUGGCAGACGAGAACCUGUCCAAACUGUUGGUUCACUACGUGGCGAACUUCGUGAAACGAGGGGACCCUAACGGCGUCAGUCCGCUGACAUCAGGAUCCGACGGGCUUCCGACCAGCCCUCCGUUCUGGGAUUCGUACGAUUCAAUAAAUCAGCUCUACCUGGAGGCCGGUCGUAGCACGGAAAUGCGGUCGCAUUACAGGGGUCACAAGAUGUCUCUGUGGUUGAAUCUGUUACCCCAGCUCCAUCGACCCGGUUACGAGAUCAGUAUGCGUCACCAUCACCUGGCCGAUAGUCCCAGUCUUUACGAAGGCGCGGUGCGUCCUCAGACGAUGGCGCUCCCGCUCCCGGCGCCUCCGUUACCCAUGCCCUCGCCCACGGAACCGUCGUCGGUAUCCACCUCGAUAUCGACCACCGAAUGCACACCGAACGUGACCGUCGCUACCACGGUGGCAACCACCUCUAAAACGCUGCAGCACCCGAAUCUGGGCCCAGGACCCAACAACCUUCUGAGGAAACUGGCCUCUAGCCACUACCAGAGUUACACCACCGCCUUGACGGUCACCAUAGCGGUGGGCGUGUUCCUGUUGCUGUUGAACAUCCUCAUCUUCGCUGGGAUUUACCAUCAGCGAGACAGGAACGUCUCGGGUGGCGCUGGCGGUCUGUCGUCCGCGUUCGGCGACAAGAAGAAGGAGGAAUUCUUGGAGGCUGGAUGCUCAGGGAUCGAGAUGUCCUCGGGUAAGCAAAGGCUGUCCUCGUUGAACCUAAUGGACUCUCCGUCCUCGAGCCCGCCGCCUCACAAGGCGAAACUGGCGCAGGAGUUAGAGCUGCAGCUGCAAGAAUUUCAGUGCUCGCCCCCACCUGGAGGCGGCAAGAGGAUACUGGAGCCACCGUUGUAUACCAUGAGUCCCUGUGUUCAGCGAACACGUACACCGUCGCCAUGCGUCGACGCAACCACUGCCAGGAUGGACGACGACGACGACGACGACGACGGGGACAGCAGCGACGAUGACAACGACGACGAGAAUCUCCCGGAACCACCGCCACCCCCCAAGGCUCCAGCGCCCAACGUGGCUCUGUCCUGUCCAGGAAUCCUCAGGCAGCCUGGCACACCGGGCAGCGCCAAGAAACGUGUUCAGAUUCAGGAGAUCUCGGUCUGAAGAAGACUCUAGACUCUAGGUCGCUACUGCUGGCAGUAGUCGACCCCUGUUGGGAGAGCUCUUGGGGAUUAGAAGUCGAUAGACGCUGGAACAGCGUCGUCCAGUUAUUAGCAUCGUUACGUGCCAUGGAUUUGAGACAUUGUUUAAAAGGGUUUACGACGAAGACGCGCGCUGGCCUACCGGUGCACCCGACGAACACUCGAGCGUAGUCGGAUCCACGAAGAGUACAGGUCCUGUACUCGUGGUUUCUUAGAAUUUUAUCGGGGAGAAUCCGUAGUUGGAGAUUAUAUCGUUAGCGGAACGAGGAGCAAGGAGAAAUGAGAGGUCGUAGAAUGAUUUGGACUGUGUUGACUGCGAUUUAGCGGGAGAUUGACACGUGUGGCAACGAUUGAUAACAAUUGGUCAAAUAGUCCUGCCAGUAGGGGGAUGAAUCGGUGGUCUCGAGAGAACUCGAUAUUCCGUGCGAGACGCUCGAUAUUCAGUAGUGUCAUUGAAAUAGGCCCAAUAAUAAAUGUCUGCUACUUAAUCUAUUUCAAAAAAUCGUUACCCAAAAUUUCAAGUUUCAUACGAUUUUUACUAGAAAACUUAAAUGUCGAACCAAAUAUGAAUACUCCUUUUAAAGCGAAACUGUUAAUGCCAAUAAUACGAUAUUACAAUUGAAUUGUACUACAUUUCAUUGCAAAAUCUAUCAAGUACAAACAAUCUUCCUAUGUGUUCUUCCAGUGUAGAAUUUAUUUGAAAAACGGGUCUAUUGAGAUGCGCGGUACUGUAUGGAUUAAAAUGGGGUAGCGAAAUUCGAUUAAAAAUUAUUUCCAGUAUUUCUUACUGCGUGGAAAGGAUCGAGCCCCCACUCAGGAGCGUCUCCGUAGAGGAAACGAUUCUCGCCAACGAUUUUAUCGAUUGUUAAUCGCGCACAAGUGUUUCGUAAGUUCGACGGUUAUCGUGGGGAUGAUACGACCGUUUCGAAGGUCCUUAGCCGCUUGCUCGAGUUCUUCAGGAUUAACGACAUCGAGGAUGUUGACCUUAUCGAGCUAUUGGGAUCCUUCAGGAAACUUCCCCGUGAAAGUACACGAGGAUUUGAGAAAACCUCGACGGAAGGACUCUUUACCUUCUUCCUUCGAAGAUGGUGGCAGUGGGACGGGGAAGUUUCGUAGAAAAUGGGAUAUCAAGUGCGCAGAGUUUGGUUCGUCGAGUAUCCGUAUAAGGAUGUGAUUGUUUAAGGAGGGUCGCUUCUCCUUCUUUGUUGAUAUAUAAAAGAACGAUGAUCUUGCAAUCUCGAAAAAGCGUGUUAUUAGGUUACGUUUAAAUUUUUUGUUUUCAAGCUAUUUUUAGAACCCGAGAUGUUACAUGAGAAAAAUGGUAUCGAUUAUUGAAUAAAAAUGUUAUAUGUAAUAAAUUUAGUUAUACAUUUGUUUCAGACUGUUCUUUAGAAUUUAAAAAUGUUACGAAUCGAAUUCGUCAAAUUAAUAUAUAUAAAAAGACAAAUAACAUAAGUAUGUAUAUAAAACAAACGGUUUUUUCGAGGCUCCAAAAUGAUCGUCCCUUUAUCUGUACGCAUAGACGCUUGUCUACUCGAAACAAUAAAUAAUUUCAUGGUUUCGCAAAUCAGCAGAAAAGGGGGAGUCACGUUCGAGCCAGCAAUCGCAUAUUUAUUUAUGAAAGAGCAAUCAUAAUCGAGCCAGGUAAUCCGUACAAGAAGCUCAUUCGUCGGCGGAGGUCGUCGCGACGCUCGACGCCGUGAAACGAGGGGAUUGAUAUAAUCUCAGGAACCCAAAAGACAACGCGCGCUGGGGAGCCUGGACUUCCUCGGGCUUCCUUUAUCCGGAUUUGUCGGAGCACUAAGUGGAAUUAUUCGAGGAAUUGGAGGGUCCGACCUCGACUUUUGGCCUCCCGUGACUGCGGAACGGGGGACGGGGGGUAGGGGGAUGUCGAUCCCUAGGACUUGGACCUGAUCAAGCGAAACCGCAGGUUUGUUAAGGAAGACGGAGCCUGCUAGCUAAUGAAUUGGUGAAUCGUCGAAGUUCUUGUCAGUGUAAUCGCGCGUGUCCUUAGAUCAGUGAGCGUGCGAGAGAGCGUGCGUGAGAGAGAACAGUGAUUUACGCGAGAGAGAAUGGGGAAGGAUGGCAGCGAGGACGAGGAACGAUGGACAAAAUAAAUUGUAAAUUGUACUCGAUGUGGGAGACGCUUGGAACGCGCAGAGUGUCCGGGUCCAUCCUAAUUCUGUUCUACUUCUCUUCCUGGAGGAUGCUUACAAGGACGAUUAUCGUGAGGGGUGAGUGUCCCGUGACAAUUGUUGUGAUAUAACACUUCCGUAUUUGGUUGAUGGGAGUAUUUUUUAAACUUCGUUCUACCGGAGUGUUUCUUAAACUUCACAGAUGUUUUACGGAAUCCCUAAAGUAGGAUUGAAUUAUCCUUCUCAUAUACAUAUUUAUUCUAUUUAAAGCUGAAUGUAUUUAAGAUUUGCAUAUUUUUAUUGAAUUUGUGUAAGUCUUAGGUAUUUAUUAUCUACCGAGGUAGAAUUAAAUUGUUACUAUGAAAUAUUGGACAGAUUUGAAUGGCAAUGACAGGAUGUUUCAUUCUUUAUAUUUUUACGAUUGACAAUAGAAAACUUUAUGACAUAUUUUUAUUAGUAUAAAUACUUCGUAAGAUUUAUUUCGCUGUAUUCUAACCCUCACCGGGCCGAAUUUUUGUUUUCUGCAAAUAACUUGCAAGGCAUGUAUUUUGAUAUUACAAGUUGAUGGUGCUGCAAACCGUCAUUAAUAUUAUUAUUGGUUAUCAGAGAUAUUGUGGAGUAAAAUGUCGAUAUAUUGGAGAAAAAUUUAUAGAAUGACCAGGAAUAUCAUUAUUAAGAUUAUUGAACGUUAAUAAUAUUACAUUAUUAUUAUGGUUAUUAAUACUGAACGUUUUUAUUGUGUACAUGGUUAAAGAUUGCAUAUAUUGUAUAGAGGAAUAGUUUGUUGAAUGGCCAGAAACAUUACUCUUAUUAUUAUUAUUAUUAUUAUUAUUAUUAUUGAAUGUUAAUAAUAAUACAUUACUAUCAUUAUUAAUAUUAUUACUGAAUGUUUAUAUUGUGUAUAUAGUUACAGUGUAUGCAUGUUGUAUUACUGAUCGUUUUUACGGUGAACACAGUCGAAGAGUGUACAUGCCGUGUACAAAAAUAAUUUGUUGACUGGCCAGGAAAUGUUUUCCAAUUUGAUCUCGAUCCAAACAAAUUAAUUUUAUGGUUAUUUCUAAAUCGAUCAUCGUAGUUGUUGUGUAAGUGAAACUCUUUACACUUUCGAAUAAACGAUUGUUUUCAAUUAGUCAAACGCGAAAAUGAAUCGCUGCAAGUCGAAACGUGCUCCCUCUCAUUGUUAUUCCGUCGUGCCAGUUUCAAGCCAGAUCAUCGACGGGCGUGAAACGAAAAUUGAAUUGUAAAAUCAGUUCUUGAACGUAAAUGGAUUUUCCAAUCAGUAAAUUUCACGGUGUCUCGUUCUUGUUACCUAUACAUACGCCACGCAUCUGUCGGCAAAUUUUCCUGUGCAGAGGAACCGUUCAUUGUUCUCUCUGUUUCUCGAACAGUUAGCCUUGAUUACGUUUUACCGAACGGGGAAACAGCGUUAGGCUCUUGUCGAGCUGAAACAAAAAUUCGUAACACCCGACCUACAUAGAAAGAACUUUAUUGGAGGGAAAAAAGUCUGCAUAAUAAAGUUUUGUGUAACAAGAUUUCUUGUUUUAAAUCUGCGUUGGAAAAUUCUACGUUUAUAUAGUUAUUUAAUUAUUUGGAAACUUUGUGAAAUUUUAGUUGUAAUAUAAAUAAUUUGUUACUUUUGUACAAAAUUAGUGCGGAAAUGUAUUCGACGAAGAAAGAAAAGACAAAUUCCUUGAUUUAUACAGGUGGAUUGGUCUUUUCUUUGGAUAAGUAGAGACAGACAGUGACAAUGUUCACGAAUGACAAGAACGGUUCGAGGCAGGUUUUUAUUUUUUCGACAAUGUGCACACUUUUAUGCGAAGAGAGAAAAAUCUGCUUCGAAUGGCAUUGCUUUAUAAGAACAUGCUUCGAUCGAAUAACCUAACCCAGACAGUUCAAACAGCGGAAAAUUCGAAUGACAGAGGUUCCACUGAAGUCGAUACAGGAGAUGGAGAAGAUAAAGAGGAGUUUAAAGCGAACAAAGUCGUUGUAAGCAUCCGUGCGAGUCUGAGUGUUGCGAGAUUGUGAAGAAAAAGAACCCGUGCGAGGGGCCAGCCGUAAGUAACCUAACUAAUAAAUUUAGUUUAGUCGAGGAACGCUCGCCAUCGUAAAAGAAUUCGUGCGUCUUAGCGCCUAAGAGAAGAUAAAAAGGGUCGAUCGUCUUGGGACGUUUGUCGAACCACGGCAUGGCUUGAAUUUUCCAAAGAUAAGAGAGAGAGAGAGAGAGUGAAAGAAAGAGGAAGCAUGUGUGAGAAGCGUGAAAUGUUCGAAAGUCGUUGAAAAUUUGUCGAUUCAUCGACGGAUCCUCGAUUCGUUCGAUCAACGCGUUUCCUUUCCUUUCCCUUCGUUUUUGAAUCGCGAACACAAUGAUUUCAAGCGACGGGUGUGCUCGUUUCGAACGAAUCUCGUUAGUUCUAAGAUUCUCGAUGAAUUAACGCGCGAAACAGCGACGUCUUCAACGUCAUUUACAUACAGAAUUAAAUACAUACGUACAUGUAAACACACGUACACAGACACACACGAACACACACAUUCAACUAUCAAUGUUUGGAAUGUUGGGAUUUGUUUAAAUAAAUACUUAAAGCAUUUAAAGCGUA